AUGGCAUGCGUGCCGCGCUACGUGGCGGCGUACUUCGGCUUCCUGGCGCGCCACCACCAGGCCGAGCCGCCGCGGCCCGCCACCGACCUGGUGCUGGUGAGUGAUGGCAGCCGGUCACGGACCGCGGUCCGAGCAGUAGUGGUCCGCAUCCGCGCCGCGUGCCUGGCGGAGUGCGUGCCGCGCUACGUGGCGGCGUACUUCGGCUUCCUGGCGCGCCACCACCAGGCCGAGCCGCCGCGGCCCGCCACCGACCUGGUGCUGGUGAGUGAUGGCAGCCGGUCACGGACCGCGGUCCGAGCAGUAGUGGUCCGCAUCCGCGCCGCGUGCCUGGCGGAGUGCGUGCCGCGCUACGUGGCGGCGUACUUCGGCUUCCUGGCGCGCCACCACCAGGCCGAGCCGCCGCGGCCCGCCACCGACCUGGUGCUGGACCUCAGCCAAGUGCUGAUGGAGCGCACGACGGUGAUGCAGGCCGUGCUGCCGCCGGCCGAGCAGCGCGAGCCCGCGCCCGCGCCGCAGCGCGCCCAACAUCGUGCCUUGCACGCGCUCACCGCCAUACUGCACGCGCAUAUGCGCGCGGUCCGCGCCCUCAAGGACGAUCCGCAAGACGAAGACAGCCAGGAGACCGAGGGCGAAGCGCCGGCCGGAGCAGAGAGCGCGUGGAGCGGCGGCCCGCGCCUCAUGCUACAGUGGGGGAACGGGUCUACGUCUACCCUACAUGUUCUGAUCGCGCAGGCUAAUUUGAAGCUGCUCUGCUAUGGACCAUCAAUUUACGACACGAACCAAGAGAUGUACUCCUGGUUACUAGCCACCUGGUUCGGCAGCGACGCGCCCAGCGCUGUAGCCUUACUCCCGGGCGCCGCGGGGGUGGCGGGGGCGGCGGGGGUGGCGGCGGCUGAAGAGGCACUGCUGCCUGACUGGCUGCGCCUGCACCUGGUGCGGUCUGCCAGGCCGGCGCUACUGGAAGCGGGCCUGAGAGGCAUGCCGGCUCAUAAGCUGGCGCUGUUUAUACAGACGUUUGGCAUGCCCGUGCAAGCUAUGUCGGCGUUACUGAGCGCGCUGGACGCGUGCCCGGCGGGCGCGGUGGUGCGGCUGGGCGUGGAGCGCGCGUACAUGGCGCAGCUGCUGCGCGUGCAACGCGCGCGCGGGGCCCGCGGCGGCGCCGCCUUCGCCGCCGCGCUGCAGCUCGCGCCGCCGCAGCUGCCGCCCGACGAGCUUCUAUUCGGUCCUGAGGAGCUGCCGCCGGAGCCUCUAGACGCGUGGGCGGCGCCGGCCGCGCCCCCGCCGGCGCCGCCGCUGGCGCUGGUGCCGCAGCUGCUGAGCGCUUGCUUCGAAGGCGCACCCUUCCAUGGAGACGUCGACACUGCGCUCACACACCUCAUUGCGCUGCCGCCGGAGCCUCUAGACGCGUGGGCGGCGCCGGCCGCGCCCCCGCCGGCGUCGCCGCUGGCGCUGGUGCCGCAGCUGCUGAGCGCUUGCUUCGAGGGCGCGCCCUUCCCUGGAGACGUCGACACUGCGCUCACGCAUCUUAUUGCGCUGCCGCCGGAGCCUCUAGACGCGUGGGCGGCGCCGGCCGCGCCCCCGCCGGCGCCGCCGCUGGCGCUGGUGCCGCAGCUGCUGAGCGCUUGCUUCGAAGGCGCACCCUUCCAUGGAGACGUCGACACUGCGCUCACACACCUCAUUGCGCUGCCGCCGGAGCCUCUAGACGCGUGGGCGGCGCCGGCCGCGCCCCCGCCGGCGCCGCCGCUGGCGCUGGUGCCGCAGCUGCUGAGCGCUUGCUUCGAGGGCGCGCCUUUCCCUGGAGACGUGGACACUGCGCUCACGCAUCUUAUUGCGGCGCUGUCAUCAGAAACCAAGCGCUACAGCGCUUCAAGCGGCGGCGCGUACCCUUACCUAGAACGCGUGUGCGCAUACUUGAAGCACGCCAGUGAGGGCGCGGCGGCCGCGGCGUUGCCCACGCACGCCGCUCGAGCUGCCGCGUUACUGCGUGCGCUGCAGCCUGCUAACAACCCGCGUGUUGCUGAGAUAGCGGAAGCCCUACUACAGCAGUAUACAUACGUGGGCGGGCCUUUGGUGGGCGCGCUGAAGGCUCUAGUGCAGCCCGCGCGAGGCAAGCGCGAGCCCGAUCGCCUGCCCGCGCUACCACCCGCGCCGACCAGAGACCACCUGGUGGCCAUACUGGAGAGCGCGACCGCAAGCACGCUAGAAGCGAUCGGCAACAAGAUCAUAGAGACGCAGAGCACCGAGAUGGUCGUCGACGUUAUCUCGCAUCUGCUGGAGAAGAACCAGGACGGCUGCUACGAGACCAAGAUAAAAAGCGAGGGGCGCUUGGUAGAGGCGCCGCUGUUCGCGCGAGGCAGUCUAGGCUGCGGUUUGCUGCUGGACUGGCUGUCUGAGCUUCAACAGGAGACGCUGGGCCCGCAGCCCGAGAGACAGAUGCGCCUGAUGUUCAGUGCGGGCUGCGCGCGCUGGCGGCCGCAGCUGGUGACGCAGCUGGCGCACCGCGCGUCGUGGCGCACGCUGCACACCUGUCUACGAGCGCUGCUGAACCCUGACCGGAAGUGGGCUGCCAGCUCGGUGGUGGAGUUCUGCGCGACGCUGGUGGACUCGCCGCGCGUGUGGCAGGGCCGCGACCGCAGCCCUUCUAAGCACGCGCCUGAUGACGACACGCUGCGCCUCACGCAUAAGCAGCUGGAAGUGCUGAUCGGCUACAUAGUAGAAGAGGCGGAGGCGGCGUCGGUAGCCGCGGGCGGCGGCGCAGCGGGCGCGGAGGCUCUCCGCAGGCGUAUGGAGGCGCGCCUGACGCUGGUGCUGCGCUGCUGUCCUUCCGAGCCCGCGCUGCUGGCUGCUGCGCUGCCUGCGAGGGUGCAUCCUGUGCUGCUGCUGCUGCUGUAUACCAAGGUAUAG